AUGGGUUGUUCUGAUUCAAAAGCCACAGAGGUUGUAGACCCGAUUCUAGAUGAAAAGCCAGACGAAUUGAAAGAGAUUCCACCUCUCCAACAGCAAGAGAAAGAAGUAACAUUUCUUGAAAAUUGCUCUGUUUCUCAACUUGACAACGAGCCAGCCGUUUCUCAGCCAGAAAGUAUCGUCAAUGCUUCGGAACUUUCUCUUUCGAAAUUUUCACUUCUGAGUCUUGGAGAGGCCCCUUACGAAAGACAAAUAUACAAACAACAAGGAUUCAGAGCGUAUCAAAUCGAAGGACUUUUUCGGCAUAAUUUUUACCGAAGCUUUCAUGAAGAUACAGGUCCUUUGGUUUUAUGCAGAAAAUUGUGUGACGAAGCUCAAAAUGCAGCAAAUGAGCUGGCUGAGAAUAAUCUUACUGGACACGUGACUGAGCGACAUGGUCAAGGUUUUUAUACUCUCAACAACUAUUCAGCCCUUUUUCCAAGAAUACCAAACAUGUCGUGGUAUGAAGAGAUGCCCAUUUAUCUGAAUGAAAUCUCCGACGAUGCCGAGCCCAACAUGGACACAUUUCACGAAUGGGGACAUUACAGCCAGCUUUGUUGGAAAAAGUCGACGCGGGUUGGAUUCGCUAUCGCAGAGUACGAAGGAUUCAAGCGAAAAGAAAUUCGUUUUCAGUUUGUUGUCGUUGCAAGAUAUCAAGCUUGUGGAAAUAUAAAAGCCCAGUACAGAGCCCAAGUCGGAAAAAGCCAAAAAUCUUUUCAAGAAGUCGACGAGAUUAUUCAAACAUUUAAUAAUACUGUAAAUAACAGUGAAUAA